GUAGAAAAUUCGCGUUGUUCCAUUCUCCACUUUGUACACUUCUCCAGUCGGUUUUGUGGCUCUGCAUGGUGGGUUUGUCGCGCAUUACAAAAUGGCUUCUCCGUGUUCGGAUUUUGCCAAACUGACCCCUGAAGAACAGGAGGAAAUCAAAGAAAAGUUCCACGAGAUCGACAAGAACGGGGAUGGCUACAUCGACUUGAAGGAGUUGAGGGACGCUUUGGAUGCCUGUGGUUUCAAAAUCCCGGGCUUUAAAGCCCGAGCGAUGGAAGAGGAGUUCAACAAUUCGAACCGAGCCCGAAUUCCGGGCAAAAUGACUUUAGACGAAUUCCAGAAGUUGUGUAGCGAUUUAAAAGCGAACGAAGUUGCGAGUACUUUCAAAAUGGCCGUUACGAAACGCGAAAAUUUGCAACAUUUAGGGGGGACAUCGGAGGCUUCGAACGAAGGAACAACGCAUUCGGUGCGAGUGGAGGAACAGUUGGCUUUCUCCGAUUGGAUUAACUCAAAUUUGAGACACGAUCCCGAUUUGAAGGAUUUACUCCCGAUUGAUCCCGAGGGAAAGUCACUCUAUGACAAAGUCAAAAGUGGGAUUCUUCUAUGCAAAAUCAUCAAUCAUUCGUGUCCAGAUACGAUAGACGAACGAGCAAUUAAUAAGAAAAACCUCACUUUAUACACCAAAUUAGAGAAUCUUACUCUAGCCUUAUCAUCAGCACAAGCAAUUGGUUGCAAUGUUAUCAAUAUCGACGCACAUAACCUUUCAAAAGGGACACCACAUCUCGUUUUGGGGCUACUUUGGCAGAUUAUCAGGAUUGGACUUUUUAACCAAAUCACUCUCGAGCAUUGUCCAGGUCUCACAACACUCUUAUCAGAAGAUGAGAAGAUUGAAGACCUCAUGAAACUAUCACCAGAAGCUAUUCUACUAAGAUGGGUCAAUUACCACCUCGAACGGGCUGGAGUAUCACGACGUAUCAACAACUUCCAGAGUGAUAUCACCGAUUCCGAAGUCUACACCCACUUGUUGAAACAAAUUGCCCCUCUAGAGGCCGAUGUAAACACAAACGCACUCAUGGAACGGGACCUCCACGAGCGCGCCGAGGUGAUGCUCCAGCAAGCGGCGAAACUGAAAUGCCGCGCGUUUGUGACCCCUCAAGACGUGGUAAACGGCGUUUACAAACUAAACUUGGCUUUCGUAGCGAAUUUGUUUAACAACCAUCCCGGUUUGAACGAAACCAAUGGAGUUUUAGAAGGUUACGAAACGGUUGAAGAGACUCGAGAGGAGCGAACUUACCGUAACUGGAUCAACUCUAUGGGAGUGAGCCCCCACGUGAACUGGCUGUAUUCCGACCUUGCUGACGGUCUUGUAGUCUUCCAACUGUAUGAUAUUAUUAAACCAAACAUUGUCAAUUGGAAUCGGGUACAUCGGAAAUUUACAAAUCCCCGAAAGAAGUUUAUGGAGAAGUUGGAGAAUUGUAACUACGCUAUUGAGUUGGGGCGGGAGAUUAAGUUUUCGUUGGUGGGGAUUGCAGGACAGGAUAUUAAUGAAGGGAAUGUGACUUUGACGUUAGCUCUGAUUUGGCAAUUGAUGCGAGCUUACACUUUGACAGUUUUGUCGCAAUUAGCCGAGUCGGGGAACCCCAUCGUGGAGAAAGAAAUCGUACAGUGGGUUAAUAAUAAGUUGAAUUCUGCAGGGAAAAAUUCCUCAAUCCGGAGCUUCCAAGACUCGACAAUAGCCGAUGCUAAAGUAGUCAUCGAUCUAAUCGAUGCUAUCAAACCCGGAGCUAUUAACUACGAUUUAGUCAAAACUGGUGGAACUGAAGAAGAUAACCUUGCAAAUGCAAAAUAUGCAAUUUCAAUGUCGCGCAAAGCUGGUGCUAGGGUGUAUGCACUUCCGGAGGAUAUUGCUGAAGUUAAACCGAAGAUGGUGAUGACAGUAUUCGCAUGUUUGAUGGCUUUAGACUAUACACCUAAUAUGGACUCUCGCCGACAGUAGUCAAUGUCAGGGUUUUUGGUUUUCUUGUAUUGGGUUUUCACGAAAUUGUCACUCUCAUAUCAUACUUAAUUUUAGUCUGUGAUCACACCAGCAUUCCAAUAUUCAAGACCAAUGUAUAUAACUUACUCUAAGUACAAGCCUUUAAGGUUUACGUGCAAUAAAAUUUAUUUUGGGCUGUAAGUAACAAGACGACGUAUUUCCAAAAUUGAUCAUUCCCAUUACAAGUUGUGUAUAUUUUAUACAUUCUUUUUAUUUAUUUAUGUUGGGGAGUGAAGUGCCAUUUUACGUUAGUAAUCAACAUAUUACAUAUUCAACCGUAAUUAAGUCUAGACUACGUCAACUUUCUAAUUUUAUAAGAUUGUAUUGAAUACAGAAUCUGGAUUAAGUGGGGGACAAUUGUAAGCCGACCCGAACUGAAAUUAAAACAAAUUUCAGUAUUGUAGUACGUAAGAAGCUCUUAUUCCAUUUUUCUGUAAAUCCAGUUACAGUUACCAUUCCUUCCUGUCAGUGAUUUUUACAAUCGUCACACUUAAUCCAUCAGUACUAAUAAAAAAUUUAAUAAAUAAA